ACACCCUCUUUGGCACAAUUCCUGCAGAAUCAUUAAUGGCUUCUUUUCACAAUUUCAUCACCACCCUUUACUCCUUCCUCAUCUUCUCAGCCUCCCUGAACACCAUCACCGGAGCUUUCGUUGAAGAAGUCUCAAAAGCCAGGGUUAUAAAUCGUGAAGAAAAGACGACCCACCUCCACUUCUUCUUCCAUGAUGUCCUCGGUGGCAAUCACCCAACUGCUCUGAGAAUUGCAGGGCCACCAGAAAGCACCAUUUCCGAUUUCGGGAACACGAUGAUUAUUGAUAAUGCGCUCACAGAGGAAGCAGAUCCCACGUCGAAGCUGGUUGGAAGAGCUCAAGGCUUGUACUCCAUGGCUUCCCAGAACGAUGUCGCUUUCCUUAUGGUUGUGAAUUUUGCUUUCAUGGAAGAUAAGUAUAAAGGGAGUAGCAUCAGCAUGAUCGGAAGAAAUCCAGUGGCUAAUGACGUGAGAGAAAUGCCGAUUGUUGGAGGUAGUGGGCUUUUCAGGAAUUCUCGCGGCUAUGCUUUGGCGCAUACAAAUGGGCUGGAUCCAAGCACAGGAAAUGCCAUUGUUGAGUACAAUGUUUAUGUCUCCAAUUUCGAGCUCGCUGCUACUGCUAAUACUGCUACUGCUAACGCGGUUGAUGCUAGCUUAGCGACACGGGAAUAUUUGCCAUGGCAAUAUUUCUUUAUUUUAUUUUUCUUUGGUUUAUAUUACAUUGUUAUUUGAUUAUGCCUUUUUUAUUUAUUAUUUAUUUUUGUUUUGGAUGAAUAUUUAA